UGUAAGCUGUAAAGCCAGUCCAAGAAGAGAACCUACAAACUACACCUGUAGAUUACAAGUACCUGAUCAGAAUCAGGCUCUGCAGGCUUCCUAAGAUCUACCUUGGCAGAUAGGCUGACCACUGCAAAGGAAGUGAGAAUCACAGCCUGAGAUGGAAAGCAGUAACUGUAAAGUUAUUACUCCUCUCCUCAGUCAAAGACAUCGAAGGAUGGUCACCAAAGAUGGCCAUAGCACCCUUCAAACGGAUGGCGCUCCAAGAGGCCUUGUGUAUCUUCGAGAUGCAUGGGGAACCCUAAUAGACAUGCGCUGGCGCUGGGUGAUGCUAGUCUUUUCUGCCUCUUUCGUUCUCCACUGGCUUGUCUUUGCAGUGCUCUGGUACGUUCUAGCCGAGAUGAAUGGUGAUCUGGAACUAGAUCACGAUGCUCCACCUGAAAACCACACUAUCUGUGUCAAGUACAUCACCAGUUUCACAGCUGCAUUUUCCUUCUCUUUGGAGACGCAACUCACCAUUGGUUAUGGUACCAUGUUCCCCAGUGGUGACUGUCCAAGUGCAAUCGCCUUACUUGCCAUACAAAUGCUCCUAGGCCUCAUGCUAGAGGCUUUUAUCACAGGUGCCUUUGUGGCGAAGAUAGCCCGCCCAAAGAAUCGAGCUUUUUCAAUUCGCUUUACUGACUUAGCAGUGGUAGCUCACAGAGAUGGCAAACCUAAUCUUAUCUUUCAAGUGGCCAACAUUCGACACAGUCCUCUCACCAGUGUCCGGGUCUCCGCUGUUCUCUAUCAGGAAAGAGAAAACGGCCAACUGCACCAGACCAGCGUGGACUUUCACCUUGAUGGCAUCAGUUCAGAGGAAUGUCCGUUCUUUAUCUUUCCACUAACCUACUACCAUUCCAUUACACCAUCAAGUCCUCUGGUCACUCUGCUGCAGCAUGAAAAUCCUCCCCACUUUGAAUUAGUUGUAUUCCUCUCAGCAAUGCAGGAAGGCACUGGAGAAAUCUGCCAAAGGAGGACAUCCUACCUACCAUCAGAGAUCAUGUUACAUCAUUGUUUUGCAUCUCUGCUGACCCGAGGUUCCAAAGGUGAAUAUAAAGUCAAGAUGGAGAAUUUUGACAAGACUGUUCCUGAACUUCCAACUCCUCUGGUGUCUAAGAGCCCACACAGGACUGACCUGGAUAUCCGUAUCAAUGGACAAAGCAUUGACAAUUUUCAGAUCUCGGAAACAGGACUGACAGAGUAAACCGUAUCAAUGGCACCCUUUUUUUAAUGUAGUGAAUAUACCCAGUCAGUUAUGCAGCUACUUUUCCUUCACUGUAUCUAAUGUCUUUUUUCCUCAAUGCUGAUUACUUUUCUCUGAGCACAUCAUGGCAAUCAUGCUGUGCCCACAUACACACAAAAAAAGGCUCAACUAAUAAUACACAUUUUGAAAACCAAACAUUCUACCUUACAAAGUUUGUGUCUGUGGUUAUCUACUGAGAUCAAUGAGACUCAACCUGACAUAUAUUUAAAUAAAAAUGCUGCUGGUCAGUUUCUAAGGAUGUAGUAUGAUACCAAUAAUGAAAAGAUAAAAUGGACUGAAGUUUAAGAAUAUGGAACUCCUAAAAAAAUCAAGGAUUUUUUAAAAAAAGAAGGAAAAAAAAAUCAAGCAAAAAUCUCUCAUUUCAUCUGCAAAUUGAAGCAACAGUCUAGUUCCAAACUUAGCUCCAGGGGCAGAGGAUGAUUUCACAAUAAUGAGGGAACAUCCUUGUACAACUGUUAUUUUUUCAAGACUGCAAAGAUUAUUCUUUUGAUUCUUUAUACUACAAAAAUAGGGUAAGUAUUACUUCCUUCAUUUUUAACAGCUAACAACAACUAUUCCAAAGAAAAACAACACAGUAUACUUACUUACAACCCUAAAAUCAUUUCAACAUGACAUCACAACACAUGCAUGCUCUCUUUUCCAUGACCCAUCUGAUGACAAAAAACCAUGACAGAUCUAAGGAACUCAUAAAGUUUUAUAAACACAAAAGUUAAGAUACAAAUUAAGAAAAAAAACUCCCAUAGAUGAAGCAAAAAAUAAUUAGGCAACAAGUAUUUUCAAACUUUGAGUGCACUGAAAUUCCUGUUUCCAACAUCAAAUAGUUUUUUCUAUAAACAUAAAAUGAGUGUUUAUUCACCAGUAGGAGGUUGGACUAGAUCUCUAUUAUUUCUUUCCAAGUCUAAAGCUCCUUGAAAAUUGUGCUUUUUCUGCCUCAUUUUUUAAUUUUACACAUGCUAAGAUGAAUACUUUCUCUUAUACACAGCUUAAUUUCUUUGACUAAUUUUCAUUUUGAUUAAAAAACAAAAUUAUCCUCAAGGAAAAUAAGACCCAAAAAGUCAACAUAUCAGGUUUCAGAUGUGUAGCUGCUCUUUGGUGAAAUGUCCCGUAUUCAGGCUUAUGAGGGAAAAGGGCAAGAUUAACCUUCCCCACUGAUGACGACCCAGGCAGGAAUCACCUCUUGAAAUAAAUACUAGCUGAGUAAAGGCAAGCAAUUGUGAAGAGCAGGUCACAGCAGCAAGUCACAUUUUUCUACUCUUUAACCAAAAGGAAAAGAAAAUAAAGAAGAAUGUUGGAGCGGUCUAAUACUGACAACAGGAGACUAUCAAGGACACAGAAACCUAAUUAUUGUGAACUUUGUGGUUUAAAAAUCUUAGACAUUCAUUCUUAACUAGCAGUGAGACCAACGGAUUUUUCCAAGACUACUGUAAACCAUAAAGAUAGCAGAAAUUCUUAUUUCUCUAAUAAGUUAAUAAGGAAAUAAAGUAGUAUCAAAGA